UUCCUCCAUCAGGUGUGCAACAACUACCAAACGGAAUAUAAUCCAGGAUAAGCUCUGCUUUGAAUUUGAAUUCAACUUUUAAGCGUGUGCUCGCGCUCGUUCGGUUCCUCGUCUCACCUGUGAGUGCGCGCGCUUUAGUUCCUCUCUAAAACAGGUUUGACCGGGACACACCUGCGCCGAGAAAAGGAGCCUUGUUGGGCGCGUCGAGGGCAUUCUUCACUCGGUCUUUGACCUCUGCGGGAGACGGACGCAUAGGAAGCGGACAGACGAAGACUUUUUUUGUUUGAUCAUGAAAAUGUGGAUUUUUGCUGUUCUCGCCGCUCUCGCGGUCGGAGCCUCGGCUCAGUGUACAUGUGCCACUAUGAAGUGGGCUAUGUGCGAGGGACCCCCAUGUUCAUGUACUCUUCUGAUUGGUAAUGGUACAAAACAGCCCUUAGACUGCACAGCAUUGAUCCCCAAGUGCUUCUUGAUGAAAGCUGAAAUGUACAGAGCUAGAAGGGGCCUGAGCACUCGCAGUAUUGGAGGAAAGCAACAUGAGACCGCCAUUGUGGACAACGAUGGCAUCUAUGACCCUGAAUGUGAGAAUGACGGCAAAUUCAAGGCCAAGCAGUGCAACAACACAAAUGUGUGCUGGUGCGUCAACAGCGCUGGAGUCCGUCGAACUGACAAGGGAGACCAGACCCUCAAGUGUGAGAAGCUGGUGGAGACCUACUGGGUCCGUCUUCAGCUGACACACAAGGAGGGGCCCACCAACGUGAAUAAAGACAAUUUGAAGGCUGCUAUUGCAAAUGAACUUAACAGCCGUUACAAACUUGACUCCAGCCUGGUGAAGGAGAUUCAGUAUGACCCAGACGCUCGCAUGAUUGUGGUUGAUGUGACUAAGCCAAAAGGAGAGCGCAUCAGUGACCUGUCCAGAAUGGCCUACUACAUGGAGAAAGACGUGAAGGCGCUGCCACUGUUUACUGACCAGAAAAACUUUAAUGCUUCUGUGGGUGGGCAGACUCUGAUGAUGGAGAAGAUCAUCGUGUACUAUGUGGACGAGGAGCCCCCGACCAUGACCAUGAAGCACCUGACAGGCGGGAUCAUCGCCGUCAUCGUGGUGGUGGUGCUGGCUGUGAUUGCUGGCCUGCUGGCUGUGUUCUUUUUCCAGAAGCGACAGAGGAAGUAAAAAAAACUCAG